CACACCGUCCGUCCGCACAGUACGCGUACCUCGUGCUCGCGGCUUUCCAGUGUCGGACUUUUCCGCGGUUUUGCAUUCAUCAAAGCGUUCCACGAGUCUGGAACGAAAUGAAAUCCCGCCGAAAAAUCUCCCCCUUUGCUCACUGACUCGGGUUUUUUCACCCUCCUUCCGAAUGAGCCGGCUCAUGUUCGACGAGAGGACGCAAGAGUUUGCCGGAUUUCAGGACAAAACUUGAGCACGUUUCAUCCUUUUAUAAAUCUUAUAAAAAAUACUCCAAGAUGACGCUGAAGAACUUUUUUUACUACGCUCUCGUAUUGAUCAAUUGUCGAUUAGCGGUGCCGCAGACCCACAAUACGCCAUGUGACUUCAACACUAUGUGUCUCUGCUGGGUCCAGGACGACAAGGACUUUACUAAAAUGGACAUCAGCUGCUUGGGUGUACCUUUCGCCAGAUUUCCUGACGUCGCGGUGAAUUACGUCGCGCAGCUGGACAUUGCCAGUUCCGGGAUGCAGGUUUUGGAGAACGACGCUCUUGCCAGUUCCUCGGGGGUCGAAGGUUUGGGUCUGAUGAGCAAUCGACUGGCAAAUAUUGGGGACAAAUCGCUCGCUGGAAUAUCGGACAGUCUUCGAUCUCUCGAUCUCAGCUACAACGCACUCGAGGAGGUACCCUUCGAGGCGUUUCGAGGUUUGAGAAAGUUGAACUGGCUCAAUAUGCACAGCAAUCAUUUGACGUCUUUGGACGGCGACUGGGGCCACGUGCGAGACACCUUGGCAAGCGCGUUUUUCGGUGACAAUUCGAUAACGGAAAUACCGCGCGUGUUCACCGAUUUCGAGUCUCUCGUCUGGUUGAACCUGGACGGUAACGUGAUCGAAGAAAUGGCCGAGGACUCGUUGCCACCGAAGAUUCACACGUUGAGUUUGAACAGCAAUCUCCUGAAGAAGUUUCCUCGCAGUGUUGAAAAAUUGGAAUCAUUGACGUGGCUGAAUUUGCGAGGGAACGAAAUCGAGGUGCUGGAAUUGCCGGACUUCCGGAGUACGAAUUUGGAGCUCGUCGAUGUCAGCGAGAACUCGAUCAGGGAGAUCGCCUGGUCGAACCACGAGAAUCGUACUCUGAGGAUAAGAGACUUGAAUCUCGGGAACAACAAACUCGGGCUCAUCGGUCCGGAUAACUUCGCACACCUGGAAGUGAGACGAAUGCACUUGUCGUCGAACGGCAUUCGAAGCAUGGACGAAAACGGGUUUCGCGGACUGGAAGACAGUUUGGAAUAUUUAAAUUUGGAGAACAACGAAUUGUCGAUGGUGCCGGAGGCGCUGAGCCGCUUGCGCAACAUCGCUUAUCUCUAUCUCGCGAACAACAACAUCCAAGAAGUAUCGAACGACAGUUUCCGCGGCUUCGCCGACAAUCUCCGAGCUCUCUCGUUGGCGACGAACAAUUUGAUGUCGCUGCCCGUCCCGGCGCUGUCCAGGUGUCAGCGACUGCUGCAUCUCAAUUUGGGCUACAACAAAAUAUCUCAUCUCGAGCCCGGGGACUUCGAGUGGGCCGAGAGCCUCGAAAUCUUACUGUUGCGCAACAACGUUCUGACGAAAUUGCGAUCCGACACGUUCCAAGGUGCAAAAGGUCUUAAGGAGUUGAGCUUGUCGUUCAACCACCUCACGGAGCUGGACGACGAUGCUUUCCACGGGAUUCAGAGCAGCCUGGAAAUCCUCGAACUCAGCUUCGCCUUCGCCACCGACAUUUUUCCCCAGGAGGCCCUCCGACCUCUGACCAACCUUCUGUGGCUCGUUCUCGACAACAACAACUUCCACACGAUCAAUCCCGAGGCCCUCUACAGCUUCGGACAGCUGCGCUACGUCAACCUUGAAUCCAACAGACUUCACUACCUUCCGGAGAGACUUUUCCAGGCUGCGGUUCAUCGGGAGCUCCGCGACGUCAAAGUCGGCUACAAUUUUCUCGAAGCUAUUCCCGAAAGCACUUUUCACAAUUUGACGGAGCUACGGUCCCUCGAUUUCACUGGAAAUCGCAUACGCUCUUUGCAACCGGCAACGAUCCUCGACUGCCCGAAACUCGUUACCCUCUCUUUGGCCUACAACAGGAUUUCGAAACUGGAGAAAAACGCGAUCGUCGGGUUGGCCAGCCUCAAAUUCCUGCAUCUCGAGUUCAAUCGUCUGAUCGCUCUUGAUCUCGACGCCGUCAUCGACAGCGGAGGCUCCGAAUUCGCCCUCAACGUCAGCUUCAACGCCAUCGCGACUAUCAAUCUUCAUACCUCCAUCAACAAUCUCACGACCCUUGAUCUCGGAUACAACAAUCUCACACAACUUCCGGCAAGCGCUUUCGCGGGCAUGCCCAAUCUCAGGACUCUCGAUCUUCGAAACAAUGAGCUCACUUCCGUCGAACCAGGUACAUUCGCUCUGGCUCAUCUGGAGACCUUGAAUCUCCGAGACAAUCGUCUGGAGGCACUGAGAAAGCAGUCGUUCAACGGAGCCCAAUCGUUGCAGCAGCUCGAUCUGAGUAAAAACGAGAUCGGCCAAUUGUCGAACCAGCAAUUUCGCAAUUUGAAAAUACUUCGCAUACUGAAUCUCUCGAAAAAUCGUAUAAGAACACUGCCGCGUAAUGUUUUCGAGGGUACGAGGAUUGAGAUAUUGGAUCUCAGCGGUAACAAAAUAUCGAUCGUGCCUUCCUCGUCGUUUCUCGAGCUGGGUUAUACGCUGAGGGAUUUAAAUAUGGGAGAAAAUUCGAUCGACCGCGUUGAUUCGACCGCCUUUCCGACCUCCCAGCUAACGGCCUUAAAUCUCGCGAGAAAUCGCUUGACGAUUCUCCCGGACAACUCGUUCGUCUCGCUGGGCAAAUUGCUCAGUCUUAACAUAUCGCACAAUUAUCUCCAGGCCAACUUCAAAGAGUUGUUUCAUUACCUGCCCGACUUGAGACAGUUGUACAUGGCGAAUUGUGGCUUGACCAAAAUCCCCCCUUUUCCACUGACUCGACUCAACGUACUGGAUUUGUCGCUCAAUCAUAUCGCCGGCGUCACUGACACGAGCGUCCAAUACUUGAAGUCCUUGAAGAUCCUUCUCCUCGUCAAUAACUCCCUGGCUUCGAUGCCAGCCAUCAGGUUGCCUCUUCUCCGAGAACUCGACGUUUCCGGAAACCCCAUCGAGGUUCUAACGAAAGAGAGUUUCUCCGGAUAUCCAAGGGUGGAAACCUUGAACCUCCGAAACCUGAACCGAACGCGAUCCGUGGACAACGAUUCCCUCCGACGUUUGCGUUAUUUGAAACACCUAAGAAUUCAAACUUGGCCGAACGCCGAUCGUCUCGAGUUACGGAAUUUGUUAAGCGGCUUGCCUCUCCGUACGGUCGAGAUCGAGGUCACCGAGCGUACCCUCAAACACCAGAUACAAAACGCGUUCACCAAACAGUUGCGAGAAUUGACCAUCACCGGGGACCAACUCGAAGUCAUUUCCUCCGAGGCCUUUUCCACGAUCGAGGGUGGCGAAUUGAUUCUUAGAAUCAAAAACACCCACGUACGGAGAUUACAGUCCGAUAUUUUUCUCACCUUGACCAAAAGAAUGUCCCAAUUGACUCUCGAUCUUCGAAACAAUCACAUCAACGAGCUUAGCCCAUCGGUCAUUUAUGGCAAUCUGUCAUGGGAAACCGUUGGAACCAACAUGGUCGCUGGUGGACUCCAAGUUUCCGGCAACCCUCUGGAGUGCGAUUGCGAAAUAGCGUGGCUGAGUAUGUGGCUGCGUCGAUGGCUCAGGGAGUCUCGUCAGAUUCACACGGCCUCGCAGUCGGACGCUCGUCAGCUGCGGACGUUGGCAGGCCGAGCGGUUUGUACGGAAACUACGCCGUCUUACAGUUCGGACAAAGUGCUCUUGACACUGGGAACACCGCACACGGCGUGCCAGGCCUCGGCUCUGAGCUCGGGCAACUACGAGAGACUGCCAAAGGUGUGGCUCUCCUUCAUCGUUUUUUUCAUACUGUCGAUCGAGUGCGCGACCGAUUGACUCGAAUUCACUCGAUGAUAUUUUUUUGUCCACCCCGGCGAUUUAUCAAUAAAAAGAA